AUGCGAGUGCUUCUCGCUAUUUCAGUUAUCUAUCACAUAACUAUAGCUCAACAAGUGGGAAUUAAUGUUCCAUGUAAUAAAGAGUUAGAUGGACUUCUCACAGCGGAUCCAGAUGGAGACGAGCGUGCAUUCAUGAGUUGCCAGGGGGUGGGAGUUGGAACAAUUGGUUUCUGGGAACGGAAACUCUGCCCGAACAAUAUGGUAUUUGACUUCAUCAACCAACAUUGCAAGGAACAGAAGAAAAAAGCGCGUAAACAACAAAACCUGAGUAUCGCCAUUCUCAACAAUAGUUGCGCAAACGGAGAAACUUGUAUCGGAGGUUCUGUGUGCGAUUUGGACACCCUCCGGUGCAUGUGUCCAUAUGGAACAACACCAAAACUGGACACUCUGUCUUGUGAAUCUUCGCAGCCACCAUUUGUCUCCGCCACCGUUGAUGGACCAGCUCAAUUUUUCAACUCAUUCUCAGGCGGAAAUGGAAAUAGAAACAACCAAAACAAUGGAUUUAUGCCAUUCGGCCAACCAUCCGAGCUUCCAGAUUUCCAACCAAACAAUAAUUUCAAAUAUGGAAAUAACUUUGGACAAAAUCAAAACUCUAAUAACAACAACAAUGACUUCAACUGGAACCCGAACUUCAACUGGAACAAUAAUCAAAAUAACAACAACAAUAACGCGCCGAAUAAGCAAGCUCCGAUGAAUAAUGCUGGAGUUGGAGCCACUACUACACCAGAUUUCAACCCAUUCCAGCCAAAUCCAAAUCAGCAGUUUGUGUUCAACUUCAACAAAAAUCAAGGAGGACAAAACAACCAGAACAACCAUGUGAAUAACAACAACCAUAAUCAAAACAUCCCAGUUCUAGAGAGUAAACCUAAGGUUGCCACUCUUGCGAUUCCUGGUGCUUCGUGUAAAUCCAACGAGAUUUGUGUGGGUGGUUCGAUUUGUACUCUUCCUAUUGGAAUUUGUCUCUGCCCUGGUGAUUUGGAAGCUCGUGAAGGAGAAUGUGUUUUGCCUGCUGCUUCGACUAUUUCUGUUCAAAAGGUUGGAAUUGGUGCACUGUGCUCUGAUCUUGCUGAGUGCGAUCAUGGAAGUACCUGUGUUAUGGGAAGAUGUACUUGUGUUUCCCCACUUGUCCAGCAUGAAGGAAAAUGUGUGCUCCGUCAGCAACAAAAGAUCGUCGGUCCCGGCGAGUUGUGCGACAGUGGAGAAACAUGUGGAAAAGGAAGUAUUUGUGACAGUGUGAUACCCGUUUGUGUGUGCCCAGCUCAAACUGAUUUGAGUAAUGGAGAAUGCAUUUCUGUGCCCGCCCCAACAUCACAACCUGUGCAAGUAAUGACCCCACCACCAACUCUGCCACCAGUUCAAGUUCCAAUUCAAACUUUGCCACCACAAACAAGGCCUCCACAGCUUCCACCAGUCCAAAUUACUCAGCCUCCAAUUCAAACUCCGGUACAACCAAUUUUCUUCCAAACAACUCGCCCACCGAUGCCAACCUACGCUACCACGCCGGCUACAACUCAGUUUAUUCCAAAGCAAAUUUACACUACACCUCCACAAAUGCCAAAGAACUCCAUUAAAAUUAACCAAAUGAAGAUUGGCGGUAGUAAGCAAGCUGGAGUUGGUGUCCGCUGCUCUUUGAACACUGAUUGUAUGAUCGGAGCCUACUGCAAUGGAAACACCAAUCCACCAUCAUGCCAAUGCUUGUCAACUCAUGUGAAUAUCGAAGGAAGAUGCGAAAAAGUUAUCUAUCCGGGACAAGUUGGUUGUCGUAGUGACUUGCAAUGCCACGCUGCCCAUAGCGGCACCCAUUGUAUCGAUCGGAUUUGUGUGUGCCCGGAGGGACAGAGAGCGGUUGAUCAGACUUGUGUCUCAGCAAGUGAGCCAGUAACAUCUCCACCAGGAGGUUCCUGCUCAAACCUUCGUGAAUGUACCGGUGGAUCAGUUUGUAGAGAAGGAUGGUGCAUUUGCCCAGAUCCGUCUAUGAUUGUCAACCGUGGAAUUUGCAUCCAAUCGGGACCCAAACCAACAUUGCCACCUAGAACGCCAAUCCCACAAGUUCCAUUGCCACCACAACUACCAAUUUCUGUUCAUGUGCCACAAGUGACCAUUACAAAAGCUCAGCCAUUCAUCACGGAAGCUCCACUAGCUCCACAAGGCAAGAAAAUUGUGCCAGGAGGAAGAUGCGGACCUAUUGAUGUGUGUGUGGGUGGGAGUAACUGCAUUGAAGGGUUCUGUCUCUGUCCAGCAGGUCAGCAGCCUAGCAAUAGCGGGCGUUGUGAAAAGUUCACAACCACCUCAAGACAAACCACUUUGCCGUCGACUACCACAACUCAAGGUACCACGACCACCACAACCGCACCACCACCAACAACCAGUGUGUUCUCGUUUACCAUAGCCGAUUUGCUAAGCACUCGGCGACAGCCCGCUUUUAUCGAAAUUCCAACGCAUGUUCCUCUAACCACCACAGCUAUACAGACUGACGAUGAGUGCACGGCGAUUGGUUUGAUCUGCAAGGGAAAUACCGUUUGUCGUAACAAAUCCUGCCAGUGUCCCGAAACCUACGUUCUCCAUCACGACGGAUGUGUGUCACCGGAAGAGGCUGCACGCAGAAAAGCUCGUGGAAAAGCUCGACAUGAAGCUACCACCGCAAGAUUGUACUCAAAACCAGGAGAGAGCUGCACACAAGGACAGACUUGCGUCGGAGGAAGUGCUUGCUCAUUCAGAAAGCUUUGCGAGUGCCCACAAGACAAGUCAGAAAUCUCACAAGGACAAUGUGUGACUCCAAGAAAGUUGGAAGUUGUUCCAGGUGCAUCCUGCAACGCCAACACGGUUUGCACCAAGGGAAGCACUUGUGAAAGCGGUCUUUGUCGUUGCCAGCCAGGUUAUAUUGCUGUUUCUGGUAACUGUGUGGCUUUGCCAAUGUCAACUACCCCCAAGAUGAGGGUUAUCGCCAAACCACUUGAAAGCUGUGAAAAUGGCGAAACUUGUGAAGGUGGAUCAAACUGCGAUUAUGAUACUGGCAUAUGCAUGUGCCCACCUGGCCAGAUUGUGUUCAACGUUCAAUGUAUGCCACCACCGACUCAACCACAAAUCACCACUAGAGUCACAACACCAGUAAAGGCAGCGCCAGUGGUCACACCGAAGCCAAUCCAUUCUACUGACUGUGAAAUAGAUGCUAAUUGUGGAGAGAACAAGAUUUGUGUGUCUGGAAAAUGCAAGUGCAAACCGGGAUUUGUUGAUAACUCUGGAACAUGUGAGCCGCUUGAAGGUAUCCGUGGAAGGUCAUUGAGAUACGGACAGGCUUGUGAUCGUUAUCAAGACAAAUGUAUCAACGGAGCAAAAUGCAUUGAUAAAAUCUGCAAGUGUGCUCCAGGAUUCCUACUAGCACCAAAUGGCUGGUGUGAAGGAUUUGACUUGGCUAAGGCUAUUGAGAUUAAUAAGCAAUCUAUUGGAACAACACCGCCAGUUAAAGCCAAUCGCGUUAUUCAGACUAAGAUGCAACAAGUGUAUACUACAUCAUCUACUAUUUCAUCUACAACCACUUCGCCAGCUCCAACUCAAAAACCCAGAAUUGUUCCAAAGGAUUUCCCAACCCCUCCAUCGAAUAUUUUCGGAUUCCCUGACAGGAGAACAACCAAAAUUGUGCCAAAGGUUGCAGCUGUUGGAUCAGCUUGCCGGCCGAUAGAUAUUUGCCUUGGCGAAAGCGUGUGCACAAAUGGAUUCUGCCAUUGCCCUGAGAAUUACAUCCGACAAAACGGGCAAUGUAUUUCCAAAGAGUGCAAACAUAAAGUAGCAAAAGUUGGAGAGACUUGCAAAAAUGGAGAAAUAUGCGCUGGUGGCUCAAUUUGUGAUUAUGACAGAAAACGGUGUAUUUGUGCAGCCCAACAUGUUGCUAUCAGAGGAAUUUGCAAACAGAAAUCCGCGCCAGCAUUUGCCGCGCCUGGAGAUACUUGUAGUAUGCGUGAAAAGUGUACUGGAGGUGCUACCUGCUUCGAAGGAAUGUGCACUUGUGAUGAUCAUCACUUCGCUGAGGAUGGCUAUUGUAGACCAAUUGAAGCGCGCAGUUCAAAAGUGCAGUUCGUGAAUGGAGCCGGAUUGAGGUUCUCGUCUAUGCAAGUACCGAAUAGACAACGAGCUCAAGCGUGUAAUGAAGCCGAGUGUAAACUUCCAAACUGCUUCUGCACUGAGAACGGAAGACGAGCUCCGGGUGGUCUCCGCCCAGAUGAAACACCACAAUUUGUUGUUUUGACAUUUGACGAUGCUGUAAACGGAAAAACGUUCUCAGAUUAUAAGAAACUUUUUGAAAAUGACGUUUUGAAAAACCCCAAUGGAUGUGAUGUGAAAGCAACGUUCUUCAUUUCCCACGAGUGGACCAACUAUGAUGCUGUCAACUGGCUUGUUCAGAAAAAUAUGGAAAUCGCCUCCAACUCCAUCUCACAUGAAUCCCUAGAAAAUGCAAACACAAACCGGUGGUUAAACGAAAUGGAUGGGCAACGAAGAAUCUUGGCAAAGUUCGGUGGAGCUCCUGAAGAGGAAAUUGUUGGAAUUCGGUCGCCCCAACUUGCACUAGGAGGUGAUAAUCAAUUUGAAAUGAUGAUUGGAGCCGAAUUCUUAUGGGACAACUCAAUGUCAGCCAAUCCUGGCAUUCAUGGGGAGCCGUUCUGGCCACAGACCAUGGAUUACCAAGUGGCUUGGGAUUGUAAUGAAGCAUCGUGUCCAAAAAGUUCAUUCCCAGGAGUUUGGUCAGUUCCGUUGAACCAGUUCUACGGUUCCUAUAUGAGCCAAAUCGACAGCUUCAGAAGAUCGAGUAUGCUCCGAGCGGCUGUUGAUUUGAACAAUACUGUUGAUGAAUUGGAAGAGAUUAUAACGCGAAAUUUCGAACGAAGCUACUCAGCAAACCGAGCGCCAUAUGUAUUAUCGUUGAACGCUGACUUCCUUCAACUUGGUGGACAUAAUAAGGGAAUGAAGGCGGUGCAGAAGUUCUUGAAUAGAAUGUCAGCUCAGAAAGACGUCUACAUUGUUACCAUCAAACAGUUGAUCGACUGGAUGAAGCGGCCGGUGCCAAUUAGCGAGAUGAAAAGUUCCAAAGCAGUUGGCUGCCCAAUUACCUUGUCUUUCAACCGGAACCCGUCACUAUCGACCUGCGACAUACCUAACAAAUGCCUUUACAGUACGCCGUCGUUAUCCAGCCAGGAGCAUCAGUUCUUGACAUGCUUGCCAUGCCCAACUAUGUAUCCGUGGCUGGAAAACCCAGCCGGUGGUAUAGUCUAA